CAGCUUCACUUCACUCAAAGCAGUGGUGGAGAUUUUUUUUUCUCUCCAACGAGAGGCUGCAACUUUUGUGGCUGCUCUUCCUCUGUGUCACAGUGUAAAGACUCAUCCUCGUCUGACGGACGUUUCUCCGUCAAACCGGAGCAAAAGUCAGGUUUAAAGAGUGCCUGCCAAGAUGUCAUCCCGUGGUCCAAAUGACUUGUGUGUAAUAUGCGGAGGAGUUCUUCAAGGCAACCAAAGGCGUUGGCUGUUUGGAAACCAGCACAAGAAAUGUAGUCAGCCUCAGACCCCCACAAGUUCCUUGAGAGGAGGAAGCCUGUCAGGUUCUUCACCAUGCAGCCCCUGGGGCAGCAUGUCCUCCCUGGUCUCAUCAUCUUCCCUGUCCAAGUCCCAGCUGUCCCUCAGCUCUCCCUCCAAAUCGUUGGACCUCCUGUCGGUUCUGACGCACAUCCUGGGCCGUCCCGUUCACCGCGGCGGCGGCCUCGGGGAGUUCGUGUGCGGCAAAUGCACCGGCGUCCUGGAACGCGUCUUCAGAUUCGAUACGGUCAUCAACAGGGUGAGGGCGCUGUCCUCGGAGAGGCUCAACAAGUUGACUCAGGAGCGAGACAACGUCCGGCGUUGGGUGCGGAGCAACUACGUCCAAAGGCACCCUCGGGAGCAGGACGAGGAGGUGGGCGGAGAUGAAGACAAGGAGGACUACCGAGACAUACUGAAGGACAACAUGGCUCUGGCCGAGUAUGAGUGCUGGUCAGAGAAGUGGGACACGUGUCCUUACUUUAUACGAACAGGUAAACGGUGCCGAAAAGGUCAAAACUGCGAAGGCUGCGACUCUUUACGUGUGUCCGACUCAGAUUACGAGUCUGUGUGCGGCGUUCCUCGCCGAAUGCCGUACCAGGCCUUCUCUCCUCUGGCUCUGUCCCGGGACAAAUCCCAAAGCAUGCCUCUCCACUGGCACAGAAUCCCAUCCACCUGCUCCAGUCCCACCUCACUGGCGGCGUCCACUUUCUCCCUGAGGACCCAGUCCGUCCAGUCUCUGGACUCCCUGGACGGCUGCGACCCCUUGGACACACCCGGCGACGUGUUGGCCACUUUGUCGUCGGUCCUCAGGGAACUCCGACGUUUGGGAGGGAGGCCGGUCCGCUCGCCGGCCGGGAGCAGGAUUCCCGUCCUGUCCGGGAGGAGCAAGAGGAGAAGUUCUAGUGAGAUGACAUCCCCUGUGGUGAAGAAGACCCUGAGCUUUGGGGAGAACGGCAAUCACCACAACGGAGAAGAAGAGGAAGAUGAUGAUGUUCUGAUGGAGAUGAAGGAUGAGUUCAUGCCGCUGCAUCAGCAGCAGAGCGCCUCGCACACGCUCCACCAAGUGAUCAGGCAUCUGCGUGGCCAGCUCGACCAAGCCGAGACCCGGGUCAGGACCCUUGAGGCACAACUGGAACCCAGAACAGCCCAGGAUGACGAGAUCAAGGACUGGACACAUCUUGUGCGUGAUAAAGACGGCGCCGCCCUGCUGCCCGACCUCGCUCGCUCCCUGCACAGUCGGGAUCGGUUCAUCCAGGAGUGCAUGAGUGUGAUCAGAAGAGUGUGCGUGGAAGGCGGAGGAAGAAGCCAGCUAGCAGACGAGAUUUUCGACAAACUCGGCGAGAACCUGAAAGAUAUUGUUCAUGACAACAAGGUUGCCAGGGAGAGUUUGAUCCGUGAGUUGGCUGAGAAAGAAAAGCGUCUUGAGGAAGAGGUGGCUUCCUUAAGAAAGGCGGCAGGAGACCGCGAGAAAGACCUGGACACCCUCAACAUGGUGCUGCAGUGCAACCAGGACGUCAUCGACGAUCUGCGUCUGGCCUUGGCUGAGAAACAGCGCUUCCUGCAGGAGUUGGAGACGGAGAGGGAGGUGUGGAGGCAGAGGGAGCAAGCCCUGGCUGCCACCAUGAACGAGAAGGACGAAUUGGUCCGAGUCCUCAAGGUGGAGCUGGAGAGCUGUAUGAAAGAUGUGCAGGCUCUCUCAGACUCCGUAAUUUGCCAUGGCUUGGAGGGAGGCGGGGCCGAGGCAUCCCUGGCCUCCCAGUUACGAGACAAGCAGACCCGCCUGGCGGCCAUGUUGGAAGAACGAGAGACACAGAGCGCCACCUUGUGCGAGGAGGUCACCAAACUCACCGCCGCCCUGCAGGAGUACCAGAACGUCGUUCAGAGUCAGCACGAGAGCUACGACCGGACGAUGUCGUCUCUGACCGCUCGCUUGACGGACGCCAGGCGGGCGCUGCGGAACGAAGAGCUGCGCAGGAAGGAGGCCGAGAGGAUGCGGCACAACCAGCAAGAGGACGGAGAGAGGGCCGAGAGGAAACUGAGAGACAGUCUGGAGAAGAGGGACCGACUCAUACAGCAAAUUCUGCAGGACGCCGAGGAACGCGACCGUCAGGUGGAAGAGCUUCAGCACAACUUGCAGAAGAAACGAGACGAGUGCAUGUCGGCCGUCAAACAUGCGCUGUGAAGAUGUUGCACUUUUAAGAGUGGUACUACUUGUUGUGGUGUGUAUUUAGUUCUAUUUAUCACCACGGGUUUGCACUUUGACUUGCCAGAUUGGGUGUUGUAGUUACAUGUCUCAGCCAAUAUGGAGAUGUUUGAAAAUGAGCAAAUCACUGUUAUUUAAUUUCCACCACAACUUUCUAUGAAUGGUUGUGUGUCAAGUCAGCUUUUUUUUUUUUUUUGUCUGGAGUUAUGGACCAAAAUGAUCUAAUUGGGUACUUUGCUUUUUGUCAGGUUUCUGGGCACUUUUUUUCAAUAUCAUUUGAAUGAAUGUAAUGUCUGGCAAGCAAAAGUAGUUUUAUUUUUUUUGCUCAAGAGAAUUAAACACUCUGAUUCAAAUGA